GGUAUGGCAUGGAUCCGUCGAAGACAGACGCGGAACCGCGCCGGCGGCCCUCUGCGGCUACCGUACGUCGGCCACCCACGAGCGAGCGCAGAAAUUAAGUUCGCCCCGUCACCCGGGACGACAGACAAAACCCACGACUGUGACAGCGCCGUCGCCGUCGCAGGCUGCGUGUGGCCCCGUCCCGUGGAAAAAGCGGCACCGACCAUGUCCCUCCUUGUCCUCUCACCUAGCUCGCCAACCUCCGCCGGGCCCGCGCCGCGUCACCCUGACGUGACCAGCACACGACGAUUGCCCGGCGCUCGAGUCCGUCCGUCCGUCCCCAUUAACGCCGACCCGCCCCCGCCGGCUAACGUUGUCACGCACGCAAAACACACUGGUUGCUUGAGUCGGCGUCCGGCCGGCGCGGCCGUCUGCGGCCUGGCCCAGCGGCGGCGACGCAAGAUGCCGAUGCGACGAUGCCGACUCGCCGAUCACGUACACGUACAGCACAGUUGGGUCGGGUUACACGUCCAUCACAGUGCCGCGCGUGCAAGUCUGUCUGGACUGUAUUCGUACUCCACCAGCGGCAACUUGCAAGAUUCCAUCCGGCCGAGGACGGACCCAGAACUCUCCAAUCUCCUCUGCACACCACACCAUGGACACCCCGACUGACUGCCGUUCGGUUUCCUCGGUAAACUGACCGGUCCUGAUCGUACCAAGAGGCAUGGCCGCGCGCGUCGGGUCUGCGUCGCCGGUGCCCCGUGACAGACAUAUAUAGAACGCGACGCUGACGCCGACACGGCCGGGUGCACCGUGCACGGUGGAGGAAGCUGCCUUCGGGCGCAAGGAGAGCAUCUGGUGCUGCCGCCGUACGUCCAUGCCGAGUCACACGCGGGCCCGCCGCCGCGCCGGCUUCUAUAUAUAGGACACCCAUAGGCACACGGCCUCGCAUAGGUUACCACUAGUAGGCCACGACCAACCGCUCCCGUCGCCCGAUCCAUCAUCUGAUUGCCGCCGCCGCCGCCCAUCGGUCCAGCUCACACUAACCGCUACGUCUCACUCUCUCCUCCCUCUCCAAGCUACUCCCUCCGUUCGAAAUUACUAAAAAUGAAUGUAUCUAGAAGUACUAGAACUAUUUUAAUUAUAGAUACAUUUAUUUUUAAGACAAGUAAUUCCGAACGGAGGGAGUACUUGCCUAGCUACGGUUAGCUUGGUUAGCGCUCGCUAGCUGGUGAUCACCACGCGCGCCCGCAGCUCGUUUUAAUAAGCCGGCCGGGUCGGCCACGGCAUGAGCUGCUCCGCCCGCACGCCAAAGGAUGGCUUCAGCUUCCGCCUCGCUCCUCCCCGCCGCCGACUCCGCCCCCGACGCUGCUGAGCAAGAGCAGCCUCUCGCGCAGGUCAGUCUCUGCUCACUGCUCACUCUAUCUCAAUCCGGCCAGCAAGGAGGUGACCAGAAGGGAGCGGCGAGCAAGAAGAACGACCACGGCCAUAGCCAGCAGCAGCAGCCGAAGCUGGAGUGCCCGCGGUGCAGCUCCACCGACACCAAGUUCUGCUACUACAACAACUACAGCACGGCGCAGCCGCGCCACUACUGCCGCGCCUGCCGCCGCUACUGGACGCACGGCGGCACGCUCCGCAAGGUCCCCGUCGGAGGCGCGUGCCGCCGCCGCUCCGGCAGCGGCAAGCGCCGCAGGUCCUCCGCCGAGCCCCACACGCCCUCCUCCGACUCGCCACCACCGCCGCAGCCGGAACAGCAGGACACGCUUCCCCCGCUCCCGGUCUUCCCGUUCCUCACCGACGGCGGCCCCAUCUUCCUGCCACAGUUCGACCUCGGGCUCGCCGGGUUCCCGUGGACCACGCCGACGGCCACGGACCACCUCUAUGACGGGCUCGGGGCGCCUUGGGGUGGCUGCGACGGCGCGCUCGCCCCCACCGGCGCAUGGGAUGACUUCGGCGGCCUCGAGCUCACCUGGCCUCUGGCGGCCGGAAACUGAUCGGCGUCGUCAUGUCGGUCAGCGUGUCGCCGGCGCGUUCGAGGCUCCUGUUUUAUCAUCGCAGCCUCGAUCGAUCAGCUAGUUGCGUCUCUUUACCAGUCUGCACUGUGUCUGUGACCAAUCAGACAUCUUUGACCACAAUAGUUGUCUGAUUACAUAGCUCGAUCCAUUUCAGGUUAUAGUUGCAUGUAUGGAUAUACUCCUAGCUAGCAAACGCAUGAGUAUCCAUGCUAGCUGUUAAGUGCUCCCUUCAUUUCCCUUUAUAGGAGUAGAAGUAUCUACUCCCUUUAUAGGAGAAGUAUCUACUCCUAUAAAAUGUCAGUUGGUGAUGAUGAUGUUCUUGCCUUCGCAACAUGUACCGUUCGAUCUAAAAUGUAUGGCUGAGAUUGAGAUGAGUUGUCCUCUAA